AUGGUGACCGUGCAUUCGGGGGCUGAACAGGCGGAAUUGAGAAAGCAAAUUCUUAAGCGGGGGAAAUGUGGCGUGAAUCUUGUCCAUAUCGGGAUGGCAAAUCGCAAGACCGGAAAUUCUUACAAGAGCAUUUGGCGGGAUGGGUCGGUCGUAAACUAUAGCAACUGGUUCACCGGAGCACCCUCCUAUGUCGUAUUUACCGGAGCAGCUACCUACGUCGAAAAUUGCACCGUCGUUAUACCUGAGGGCCGGUGGAAUGACGUCAGUUGUAUCGUUAACCUUGUAUCGACCGCCGCGUGUGUCUGCAUGAAGCGAUACGACCAAAUUGGUAGCGAACGUUGGGUCUCCAGCACCACAAACUUCUACAUUUUAUCGGAAGCCUCUGUGCUGGGCUCGGACUGUCUAUCAAAUUGCUCAAAAUACAACCUUGAGCUGCCGGCUAUUCAUUCGAAGGUCGAACAAGCUGCUCUUUUACAGAAAUUCAGCCUUCUGAGAAGUUCCGCUGUGCAUCUGGGAAUGACCAAUAUUCAGAAUGGUACCAAAUAUAUCAGUGCAUGGAGGGACGGCUCGUUGAUUGACUACAGCAGCUGGGCCUCAGGGGAACCGUCUUUCAUCGUGCCACAUAAAUGGACCGCGGAAACGAUUCGCGAGGAUUGUACGGUGAUGCCCAAAGAUGGGCAAUGGAACGAUGUGUCUUGCCAAAGGAAUGCUACGACAACUGUGGCGGCUUGUAUCUGCAUGCAAAGAUGCAAAUUCGACGUGGAUUCUCUA